AUGCCUCUCGACCUCACAUCCUUCCCACACCUAGCGGAAGCGAUAGCAGCCGGCGCCGACCGCCGCACGCUGCUAACGCUUCGCGCCGUGUCGCGCGAGUUCCUCGCGCUCGCCGACGCCCGCCUGCUGGCGCACAUCGCGCUGCAGCCCGUCACGCCGGAGCAAUGGCACGCGCUGGGCGGCACCGUGGUCCCGAGGGAGGCUGGCCUGCCCAUCGCGUCCUUCAUGUCUGUCGUGUCGCUCUCGGCCCCGGGGCCGCUGUACCCUCCGAAACUGUACACCAACUGGCUUGACAGCGCGACCGACCUCCCAAUCCUCGACCUCGAGACCCGCGACCUUGGGACCUUUGGCGAUCGGGACGAGAAGCUCUGGGCGGCGGACGGGCCUGCGUCGAGCCUAGAGCUGGACGAACGUGACGCAUGGACUAGCCGCCUAAGACACGUCAAAGUCCUCGACGUGUACGAGGGGAUCGGGCAACGCUGUAUCCAGUGGUGGGUGGACACCUUGCGCGCGCUCGGUGUCGAGCUCGACGCCGUCCGCGUGACCUGUGACAACGGCCCGCAGCCCGACAGCGCCGUGUUCAUGAUGGCACGCGCCGUGCCCACGCUCCCGACACGCACGGUCAUCGCGCUCCCUGGGCCCGAGCCGCCGAGCUACGCGGUCCCAGCCGUGGGGUUCGACACCAUCAUCCAGUGGCUGCCGUGGUCGGACCGGGAGGACAACCUCGUGCCGUACGCCGUGCUAAACGUGGACGGGCUGUAUCCUGCAAGCUUUGACUGGAAGCUCCCGAGCCAGGGCGGCGGAGGCUACGCGAUGGCGCCGACACGGCAUGCGGUGCUCAUCAUGACGCUUGUCCACCCCCUGCCGUGCGAGAACGACCCGGAGUGCUGCGAUGGCGGCGGCGCGGCGUGGUGGGACGUCGGGAUGACCAUUGCCCGCGUGCUAUUCCAUGGCGCGCGGUGCACCCUCGUCGAUUUGGACAAGGUCUCGACGACAUGGUUCCGCGACGAAGGCACAGAGGACGACGUUCGUUUGGCCGAGGACAGACUCCGCCAGACCGUCGAACAUUGCCUGACGGGUGGCGACCACGGCUUGGAGAAACACGGCGAACCGGUCAGCGACGGGGAAGCCCGGCACAUGGUCGAGCGGCUAGAGUUCCUCACGGGCUGGGAGUACGCCCAGACUCUGAGCCCGGCGGUGCGCGGCGCUGUAUGGGAGGGUGUGUGUCCGGUGCCGACGGCGUGA